AUGGAUAAGAGUUGGUUAAAUCAGCCUAGAUUUACUACUGCUUAUAAGGAUGGGGUUCGAGAUUUUCUUCAAUUUGCCAUGCGUAAUGCUUUUAGUAAUGGAAAAAUAAUGUGUCCAUGUAUUCGGUGUGUUAAUUGUUCACAACAAACUCUUGAAAUUGUUAGAGAGCACUUAAUUUGUGAUGGUUUUAUGAGGGGAUACACUACUUGGAUAUUACAUGGGGAGGAGUUACCUUCUAAUAUGGGUGAUACAUCUUGUCCUUUAGAUAUUUCCCAUAGAAAUGAAAUUGAACAUGUUCCCAGUCCUCAUACCUUAAAUCCUCCAAGGUUACGCGAUAAUAUGGUAGAGUUAUUGCAAGAUGCCUUGCGUGAUAAUCUUCCAUCUAUUAAUGACACGCUAAUGGACGUGAAUGUCAUAGAAACUAGCUUAGGAGAUGGCAUUGAGGAGCCCCAAAAUAAUCCAAUUGGUAAUGAGCAAUUAGAUGAAACAUCAAAUAGAGAAACUAGUGAUAUUCAUAAAUUUUUGAAAGAAGUGGAUGCAGAGUUAUAUCCAGGGUGUAAGAAGUUUUCUAAACUUUCAUUUCUGAUUCAUUUAUACCACCUAAAAUGCUUGAAUGGAUGGACAGGAAAAUCAUUUGGUAUGCUUCUUGAGUUACUAAUAGAUGCAUUUCCUGAUGGAACAACUUUACCCAAAUCUGUUUAUGAAUCCAAAAAAAUAAUUCAAGCAUUAGGUUUAAAUUACGAGAAAAUCCACUCUUGUGAACAUGAUUUAUUGCGUUACUUUCCAUUAAUUCCAAGACUACAACGGAUAUAUGCUUCUGCUGAAACCGCUAAGGAAAUGAGGUGGCAUGAAGAUGGACGUAAUAAGGAUGGAUUAUUAAGGCAUCCUGCAGAUGGAGAAGCUUGGAAGGCUUUUGAUGCUCGUUAUCCUGAUUUCUCUUCGGAGCCACGUAAUGUGAGGCUUGGUUUGUGUAGUGAUGGUUUUAGUCCUUUUGGAAUAAUGUCCACUAGUCAUAGCACAUGGCCGGUUGUACUAAUUCCUUACAACACUCCACCAUGGAUUUGCAUGAAGCAAUCUUCAUUUAUCUUAUCAAUGAUUAUUCCAGGAAAAAACAGUCCUGGGAAUGAUAUUGAUAUUUAUUUACAGCCUUUGAUUUCUGAAUUAAAAGAAUUAUGGAGUGGUGUCUCAACUUUUGAUUCUUUUAAGAAAGAAAGGUUUUCUUUGCGUGCUGCUUUGAUGUGGACAUUAAAUGAUUUGCCUGCCUUAGCAAUGUUGUCUGGUUGGAGCACUAAAGGAAAAUUUGCAUGUCCUUGUUGUGCUUCGUCUACUAGUUCAAUAUGGCUAAAUAAUAGCAAGAAACAAUGUUACAUGGGUCAUCGUAGGUGGCUACCCGAGGAUCAUAUAUUUCGUAAACAAGCUGAAUUUUUUGAUGCCACUGAAGAGUUACGGGUAGCUCCUAUAAGAGCGAAUGGUAGUGAUGUGUUGAAUCAAUUAGAUAGAAUUCAACAUACAUAUGGCAAGCAAUCAAAAAUGAAAAAGAGGAAGAAAAGGUCUAAUGAAGGAAAUGAUGAUUCAUUAAUAGGGUGGAAGAAGAGAAGCAUUUUUUUUGAAUUACCAUAUUGGCAACAUAACUUGCUACGCCACAAUCUAGAUGUUAUGCACAUUGAGAAGAAUGUGUGUGAUAAUUUUCUAGACACUUUCUUGAAUGUGGCUGGUAAAUCAAAAGACAACUUGAAUGCUCGCCUUGAUUUGGAGGAAUUGGGCAUUAGGAGUGAAUUGCAUGCCCAAAAUUGUCCAAAUGGUAAACAUAGAUUGCCUCCAGCCUCUUUUACAUUAACAAAAAGAGAGAAAAAUAUCCUAUGUGGUGUUUUACAAAAUGUUAAAAUGUCUGAUGGUUAUGCUUCCAAUAUUUCAAGGUGUGUUAGAAUGAACGAGAAUAAAGUUGUGAAUCUUAAAAGUCAUGAUUGCCAUAUUUUGAUUCAAUACUUGCUUCCAGUGGCAUUAAAAUCAUGUAGUCCAUCAAAAGAAGUUAUUUCAAUUGUCAUCGAAGUAGCUUCUUUCUUCAGAUCAAUAUGUUCGAAGGUGAUAGAUAGUAAAAAUCUUGAUAAAAUUCAAAAUCAAAUCAUACUGACACUUUGCAAGAUGGAGAAAACUUUUCUUCCAUCAUUCUUUACUAUCAUGCCUCAUUUAAUGAUUCAUUUGGUGGAAGAAGUUAGAAUGGGUGGUCCAGUGCAAUACAGAUGGAUGUAUCCCUUAGAAAGGUCAUUUGUAAUUUUAAAAUCAAUGGUACGCAAUAAAGCCCAACCUGAGGGAUCGAUUGCUGAAGGAUAUGCAGCUGAAGAGUGUUUAACAUUUUGUUCAAGGUAUCUUCAAGGGGUUGAGUCUAGAUUCAAUCGUCCCUUAAGAAACCCCGAUCCACCAAAUGAAAAUGUUAGAUACUUGUUUUCUAGUUUAGGUAAACCAAUAGGAAAAGGUGAGAAUGUCAUUUUAGAUGAUUUAUCAUUGAUACAAGCACAUCGUUAUGUGUUACGCCAUUCUGAUGCAAUAGAGCCAUUUCGUCAAGAGUUCAUUGAUUUUGAAAAAAGAAGACGUAGACGAGGUACACGUCUUGACAAUAGUGCUAUAUAUAAACUACUGAAUGAAAAGUUUCAUGAUUGGUUUCGAAAUAGGGUUUUGGCAAAUUCUGAUUCAUCCAUCGCAGAGGAUAUUUUGAGCAUUGGUAGAGGUCCUAAUAAUGUUGUCAGGAGAUUCUCUGGCUAUAUAAUUAAUGGAAUUAGAUUCCAUACUUUAUCACGAGAGGAUCAACGAUUGACACAAAAUAGUGGGGUUGUUAAUACACCAGAAACUGGAGGGUUGGAAUAUUUUGGGAGAUUAACUGAUAUUAUUGAGUUAAAUUAUUUUGAUAAUUUUAAGGUGGUUUUAUUUAGGUGUGAUUGGUAUGAUAUUCAUCAUCCUGCUGGAAUUAAGUGUGAUGAAUUUGGAUUCACCCUUGUAAAUUUCUCUCGCUUGAUCCAUACGGGCGAGAAGGCAAAUGAUGAUCCUUAUGUAUUCUCUUCCCAAGUUCAACAAGUAUUUUAUGUGCAGGAUCCUAAUAGUCCUAAUUGGCAUAUAGUUAUAAAGGUUACACCUCGAGACUUGUAUGACAUGGGCAAAGAUGAAGAAGUAGAUGAUUCUACUGAUAUUAUAAAUGACAUUAGUCAUUUUACAAGUUUUGAGGGAAACCCACAGUGGGUCAGGGAUGAUGUAGGGGAAGAAGAUAUUAUUUAUGUGUAA